CCUUUGUUAUUUAUCUCCUUACAUGUGAGUGUGGGCUUCAGCAUGUGGGCCGCACGGUACAAACUGUACGUGCCCGCAUAAAUAAACAUAGAUAUAAUAUCAAAAACAAUGUUAUACUACAUAGUGUAUCAAGACACACCACAGCUUUACACAACAGUAACCACAAUUGUUUGAAACUAACUAUCUUGGAAAGUAUCCCUUUAGAAUAUGAUGACCGCUUUCAAAAAUUAGUGAAUAGGGAAUCCUUUUGGAUUUAUUCCCUUAACUCCUUGUGGCCAAGGGGAUUAAAUGAGACAAUAGAUAAAACAUUUCAAUGAUAGGUUCGGAGUCUUAUUUAUUUAUUUAUCCAUGUAUAUAAAGAAUUUUUAAAGAAAAGGUUUUUUUUUAUAUUAUCUUGGAUCACAUGGAAAAACGUCAUUUUAUGCUAAUUAAUUUGUGAUGUCAUUUCCGGUUCCAAUAACCAAAUGAGUAUAUAUGUGUUGUUUUUAUGCAUAUUUAGCAUGUCUGAGGAAAAGGACGGAGCGUCCUUGAAACGUGUUACAUGUGAAUAAAAGUUACCCAUACUUAGCUUGUGGACAGCGCUAUCAUCUAUCCCUCAUCCCCUCACACCUGGCUGGUGUGAAAACUCUGCCGUUCUUAUUCCCACGCUGUUGCCUGGGCGGGAUAUAGCUGCAGUCCACAUCGGAUUGUUGUGCCUCUAUCCUAGCACAACUAUAUCUGGUGAGUCCUUUCAUUAAAGGGUCCCCCCCUUUUUUUACAGUCAAAUCGUUCUACACAUUGGAGCAUUCUGUUUUCUUCUUCUUCUUCUGUGAUUGAUAUAGCCUGGCUAAACCACAUUGAUCUGUAUGAGGAAUCUACCGAUUCCUCCUAAAAGUCCCCUAAGGGGACUAAAAGUGUAAAAAAAAAAAAAAAAAAAAAAAGUUUUAAAAAACACCCAUUAACCACUUCCAUAUUAAAAGUUUGAAUCACCCCCUUUUCCAAAAUUCCAUAUAAGAAAUACGUAAACAUAAUAAAAAUAAACAUAUGUGGUAUUACCGCGUGUGUAAAUGUCCGAACUAUAAAACAUAAUGUUAAUUAAACUUCACAAUCAAUAGCAUACACCGUGGGUGUCAAACAUGCGGCCAACAAUGAAUAUCUUUCUGGCCCGGCAAAGAUAUUCAUUGCUCUGGUUACCUGGAAACGGGCAGAGAUAAAAUAAAAAAGUCAGAGGCUGUCCAGGAGCGGUUGAAGGAUGGUGGAGGCAGUCCAAGAGAAGUUGGAGGCUGUCCAGUAGCUGACAAGCGGUCCAGAAGAGGAUGGAGGCUGUCAGAGGCAGUCAAGGAGCUGUUGGAGGCGGUCCAGGAGAGGAUGGAGGUGCGCAGAGGUCAACGUCAUGUCCUGAUGUGACGUCAUCAGGCUGCUCCUUAAAGGAGUUCUGACACAUGCUGCGGACGGCACCAUUGCGGCUAUAGACACAGGACACCAGAUUGACAAGGCAACAAAGAAGACAAGACAUUUCAAGGAUCAGAGGGAGGAUGGCCAGGAGCAGCCGAAUACAACCAACAAACCAAGAAGAUUGGUUCCUAGCAUGCCUUCAAAAUGCCUAGGACAGGAUAAAGAAAACAUUCAGCAAAGAGAAGUUGAAAGGGGUAAUCCAGGAUGAGAAAAUCAGAGCUGAUUUCUUCUGAAAACUGCACCACCUCUGUCCUAAUGUUGUGUGUGAUAUCGCUGCUCAAUUCUUCAAAAGGGAAUGGAGAAAACUUGUAAUAUUACAUACAACAUGAGGACAGGUAUGGUGCUGUUUUUGGAAACAAAUAGCUCUGUUUUCUAUUCCCUUUUAACAAACUCCUAGGAUGCAGCAACAUUCAUCUGAUGGACGGCACAGGCAACAAAGAAGACAAGACAUUUCAAGGAUCAGAGGGAGGAUGGCCAGGAGCAGCCGAAUACAACCAACAAACCAAGAAGAUUGGUUCCUAGCAUUCCUUCAAAAUGCCUAGGACAGGAUAAAGAAAACAUUCAGCAAAGAGAAGUUGAAAGGGGUAAUCCAGGAUGAGAAAAUCAGAGCUGAUUUCUUCUGAAAACUGCACCACCUCUGUCCUAAUGUUGUGUGUGAUAUCGCUGCUCAAUUCUUCAAAAGUGAAUGGAGAAAACUUGUAAUAUUACAUACAACAUGAGGACAGGUAUGGUGCUGUUUUUGGAAACAAAUAGCUCUGUUUUCUAUUCCCUUUUAACAAACUCCUAGGAUGCAGCAACAUUCAUCUGAUGGACGGCACAGUAUCUUUACAGUUCUCGGGUUUCCCGCGUGACUAGCGGCAGAAUGUCUAAGAAAAGAGGUCUGAGUGUCGAUGAAAAAAAGAACGAAGAUGAUGGAAAUAUUUUUCGAAACUAAAGAUGUAUUCUAACUAAAGGAUCUGGAGAAAAUUGCCCCAAAGCAGAAGGGAGAUGGACAGGCAGGCUGAAGGGGAGGAGGCAACAAAGAAGACAAGACAUUUCAAGGAUCAGAGGGAGGAUGGCCAGGAGCAGCCGAAUACAACCAACAAACCAAGAAGAUUGGUUCCUAGCAUUCCUUCAAAAUGCCUAGGACAGGAUAAAGAAAACAUUCAGCAAAGAGAAGUUGAAAGGGGUAAUCCAGGAUGAGAAAAUCAGAGCUGAUUUCUUCUGAAAACUGCACCACCUCUGUCCUAAUGUUGUGUGUGAUAUCGCUGCUCAAUUCUUCAAAAGGGAAUGGAGAAAACUUGUAAUAUUACAUACAACAUGAGGACAGGUAUGGUGCUGUUUUUGGAAACAAAUAGCUCUGUUUUCUAUUCCCUUUUAACAAACUCCUAGGAUGCAGCAACAUUCAUCUGAUGGACGGCACAGAAGACUUAUCUACAGCUAUCUUAUUUGUGUUUAUUGUUGACUACUCUACAGAACAGCUAUACAGAAGACUCAUCAACAGCUCUUUUCUUUUGCUUUAUUGUCUACUACUUAUCAGAGCCGCUUUUCAGGUUUGCAUAAAAAUUUUACAUAAAGUUAUGUAAUACAUAAAUAUAGUGUGGGUGAUUUUAGAACAACUUGUCCUGAUGUGAAGCUGAAGAGUGUCCCAUGGCAACCGUUCAGAUCGCUUCUUUCAUCAAAAAAGCUAUAUGAUUGUUUGCUUUGGGCAACCCAACAACCUUUAGAUACAUAAAUGUAUUUCCUCUUCAUGCCACACAGAGGUAAUAAAGGGGCAAUGAAAUAGUAGGGUGAAAAUUAGUAGUAGACAUAGUGGCGGAUCAAGGUGAAAUAAUAUGGCACAGUGGUUAAAAUCAUAUGGGGGGUGGUUUUAGUAGAUUACUAAAAGGCUCUCAGAUAUUCUACUGUAUUUAAGGGUUUUAUAGUUAAUUACAAUCUUCAUUUAGUACAUGACACUACUCUAUAAUUUAUAAAGAUUUUUUUAGCCUCUAUUCACAAUAGGGAACAUCUUCCACUAAUGGACACUAUUUUAUUCCACGUGAUUCUGCACCAUUCUUAGAUUAUAGUGGAUACUAUCUUAUGCCUCAGCUCAAUAAUGUAAUGCUCCCGCACUAAAAUUAUUUAGAAAGCUUUGUAAAAUUUUGGAAGGAGUUACAUUACUGUACUAGUGAACUAACAUAUUAAUCUUGUAUUUAUUAUUUGAAUGGUGCUUUUUCAAUAAAUAUUAUUUUUCAAAUGUUCUCCUAGAAAAUAGAAACAUAAUGUAAUUUUAAUAUUUUUAUAUAGACAUAUUUAGUAUUUAUUUUAAAAUCCAUUAUUCCAUUUUCUUCUUUAGAAAAUGCCGGGCUGCAUUGUCAACGGUUGCAAGUCAAGGAGCGUAAAAGGCGACCAUAAUAUCAUCAUGCAUUCCUUCCCAAGAGAGAGGGAUCGUAUCAUGGCAUGGCUAUUGGCUACAGAUCAAGAGUUUCCCAAAAUUGAUGAACUGGUUGACCACAUUCAUCUCUCUAAAACGAACAAUUAUCGGCUCUGCUCAGCCCAUUUUAAAACUACUGACUAUACCUUUAAUCCAAAUACAGGAAAACAGAGGCUCACCCCCUUUGCCGUUCCUAGUAUUUUCCCUACACGGGAUAUACAAGUUCAAGCUGCCGAGGCAGUUGAGGCUGAAAUCCUGAAUCCUCAAAAGAGGAAAAGAUUGGAUGAAGACGUAGCUUAAUGGUUUAAAGCCAGGGGAAAUGUGCCCAACCUGCCGAAAUAUUGUACCUCAUGUUAACCCAACUGAAACGGAGCCACAAGCCUCAGAGAUAACGAAAAAGGAAGCAGCAACUAUAUUUGACAGGAAUUGGGGAACCGGAAAUCAGUGUAUACAAGUAAAACCUACAACUUUCUCUAUAAAAAUACAAUGCAGAAGACUGGUUAAAAAAAAAAUCUUGAGAAAAAAAAAAUCAAGACAAAGCUUGGUAUUUGGAAACCUGCCUUCGGAGCCAUUGCAAGGUGCCAGUGUAAUAUUUUCGACUCCGAAAAAAAAUAUAGGACCAACUGGAUCAGCAACUCUUAACAGUGUACCUGAGUUUCAAGAAAGUUGUAGAGCUAGACACGAACUACUAUCUGCCACGCUUUUAUCCGAAUUGACAAUUUCACCUAUACAACCUAUUGAAGACCCUGAAGUCACUGUUAUUGUGGAGGAAUCUACUCUGCAUGCCCCUAUAUCUGUUUUAGAAGUAGAUAAAAGUUUAUCAACAAUCACAACUCCAGUCUCAACAAAUGAAAGUAGUUCAAGUGAUGAUGAGGGAGACUCAGUUCAUUCAGAUGAUGAAGACUACGAAGAAGAGGACAGUCAGCAUGUGCUGAGUGAAAAAUUUGUAAAUGUAAAUGUACCACAUCAUGAAGAAAGAAAAUUCAUAGUUUAUGAAAGCUGUUUGGACACAUUACUAUACAAGAUGCCUUGUACCUCUAAUCCACCCUGCAACAAAAAAAUACUAAGAGUGUAUAAAAAAACAAAGGGAUCAUAUAUUUCAGUCUUUGCUGAAUGCGAGGCCAAACAUUUAAAACGCAUAUGGCAGAGCCAGCCCCGAUUGGGAAAGAAACCAUUUGGAAAUUUACAGUUAGCUACUGCUAUCAUUACUAGUGGAAACACUUACAUCAAAAUCCAACAGUUCCUAAAAAUAUUUAAUAUUUUGGAAAUUAGCCAGGCUACUUACUACCGUAUCCAAAAAAUAUAUAUAUUUCCUGCAAUUGAAAAUUCUUGGACAAUUAAUCAAAAAUUAGAAAUGGAAAAAAUAUCACAACAUGCAGUAUGUGUUGCUGGAGAUGGACAAUGUGAUUCACCCGGGCACAGUGCAAAAUAUUGCAUAUACACAUUGAUGGAUGUAGAAACUAACAAAAUAUUGAAUUUCAACAUUCAACAAAUCGGUAUUGGUUUAUCCUCUGUUGCCCUUGAAAAAAUAGCGUGCAAGAAUGCCUUGGAAUUUCUACUGCAAAAUAAAGUGGACAUAGACAUCAUUUGCACUGACCGGCACGUAUCCAUCAGAAAAAUGCUGUGUGAGGAAUAUAAAACAAUUGGUCACCAGUUUGAUGUCUGGCACUUAGCUAAAUCUAUUGGAAAAAAGCUACUUGCCGUCAGCAAAAAAAAAACUAAAAACUGCCAAGAUUUAGCAGAAUGGAUAGGACCAAUUAAAAAUCAUUUAUGGUGGAGUUCUAAUACUUGUGAAUGCAAUCCAGAUGAACUUGUAAACAGAUGGAACUCUGUCUUGUACCAUGUCACCAACGUUCAUUUUUGGAAGGAUCAUAAUGGUCAGGAAUCAUCUUGUCAUCAUGACCAACUCCCUGAGGACAUUCAGUCCACCCGAAAAUGGUUAAAAAACAAAGUGCCUGUUAUGUUGAACUUGGAAAAAUUGUCAUGGAUACAAGACUACAAAAAGACCUUAGACAUCUUAGCAACUUUUGUCACACUGGAGAUCUGGAAGUGUUUCAUAGUUCACUAACAAAAUACAGGCCUAAAAGACUUCAUUUUAGUACAGAUGGGGUGUAUGCUCGAACACAGCUUGCUGCUCUUGACCAUAAUUAUAAUGUGAAUAGAGUGCAAGCAGUUGUUACAAGAGAGACUGAAACUAGCGGACCUUUAGGCACACCGAGGUACAAUCUUGCCUAUUCAAAAGCCCGGAAAGAGUGGUUUGUACGAUCAGUGUAUGAGCCAACCACUCAGGAAUUCGUCUCGAAAAUCAUGCAGGAUGUAAUGGGACUUGCCGAUGGAAACAUUUCCAUAGACUGGACCUCUCGCCGGUCAACAAUGCCUUCUAAUAUAGCACCAAUUGAAAAACCAGACAAACAAUCAAUGGUUGAAAAACACCACUCAAGAUUUUAAUUUUUUACUUGUUUGUUAUGUGCUAUAUACUUGUUUAUGUGCUAUAUUGUUUAACAUGCAUAUUCAUGUAUAUUUUCAUGAGUAAAAAAUACUUUUUUUUAUUAAUGGUUUAUUAUUAUAGUGUUGUUU